CAUCCGCCGAGAGAGAGAGAGAGAGAGAGAGAGAGAGAGAGAGAGCAGGACGGGACAAUACAUCGUUCAAAGGAAGGAACCAGCUUUAUUUCUCAUUUCCUCCUCCCUCUGUGUGUGUGUUCUUUUAUUUUCUAUCUCAGAAUAACUGUGUUGUGACUGUAAUGUCCACGGCAGGCGGGGCUGACCCAUCCUGUCUCAUAUUGGACGCAGCACAAGUAGGAUAGAGCAGACUCACGGAGGGGUGCUGCUGCUGCUGCUGCUGCUGCCGCCGCCGCCGCUGCUUUAUGACCCAGCCAUGAAUUCGGCGGAACAAACGGUAACGUGGCUCAUCACGCUGGGGGUCCUGGACUCUCCCAAGAAGAGCAUCUCGGAUCCGGAGGCUUUCCUCCAGCUGUCCCUGCAGGACGGAGCGGUGCUGUGCAGGCUCGUGGAGCGACUCCGACCCGGGACGGUGGACAAGUUUUUCCAGGAACCGAGGAGCGACGGCGAGUCUCAGAGGAACAUCGCCGAGUUCAUUAAAGGCUGCGGGUCUUUCGGUGUGGAGCCGUUUGAGGUCAGUGACCUCCUGCAGGGACUGAACUUCUCCAAGGUGCUGAACUGCUUGGUGGCCCUGAACAAAGCCACUGAAGAUUUUGGUGUUUCUGGCGACAGUGUGUGUGUGUCGCACUCCUCGGCAUCCAGGAUCAAGUCCUUCGAUUCUCUGAACACUCAGAGUCGCUCCCCUAAACUGCUGCUGCCUCAGUACCGCAGCCUGGACAUGUCGGAGGGCAGCGGGUGUGGCCACUUGCUUGUCAAGGCGCGCUUUCCCUUCCAGCAGACCAAUGAGGACGAGCUGUCCUUCUGCAAGGGUGACAUCAUCAGUGUGAGCAAGCAGGAGGACGGGGGCUGGUGGGAAGGCUCGCUCAACGGCAAGACUGGUUGGUUCCCCAGUAACUAUGUGCGGGAGCUGAAAGGAAGCGAUAAGACACCAGACAAGCCAAAGUCUGGGACUCUAAAAAGUCCACCCAAAGGUUUUGACACCACUAUCAUCAGUAAGACCUACUACAACGUGGUCCUACAGAACAUCCUGGAAGCAGAGAGUGAAUAUUCCAGAGAGCUGCAGAGUCUGCUGGGCUCUUACAUGCGCUCACUUCACCCCACAGACAGACUGAGCGCCGUGGACAUCAGUCAUAUUCAAGGAAAUCUGGAAGAGAUCUCCACCUUCCAGCAGAUGUUGGUCCAGUCUUUAGAGGAGCACACAAAACUCCCAGAGAACCAGCAGAAGAUCGGGGGGUUCUUCUUGAGUCUGAUGCCCCAAAUAAAGAUCAUCUAUGUGGCCUACUGCUCCAACCAUCCGUCAGCCGUCAACGUGCUCACACAACACAGUGAGGUGCUCGGGGAGUACAUGGAGUCAAAGGGGGCAUCCACUCCAGGGAUCCUGACUCUGACCACCAGUCUUAGUAAACCCUUCACCAGACUGGAGAGAUACCCAACACUGCUGAAAGAACUGGACAGACACAUGGAGGACCAACACCCUGACAGAGCUGAUCUACUUGCUUCCAUGGCGUCCUUCAAAAGCCUUGCAGCCCAGUGUCUGGAGGUGAGGAAGAAGAAGGACCUGGAGUUGCAGAUUUUAACAGAGCCAAUCAGAAACUGGGAGGGGGAUGACAUCAGAACCCUCGGUCCUGUCCAGCACAUGUCCCAGGCCACGGUCCACACGCAGGACUGUCAGGAGUCAAAUGAACGCUACCUCGUCCUCUUCCCUCACACACUGCUCAUGCUAUCUGCCAGCCUGAGAAUGAGUGGAUUCAUCUAUCAGGGGAGGAUGCCACUUUCAGGGAUGCUCAUCUCCAGAAUAGAGGAUGGAGAAACCAUGAGGAACGCUUUUGAGAUAUCUGGUGCUCAGUGUGAGCGGAUACAGGUGGCGUGUAACAAUCAGAACGAUCUACAGGAAUGGCUAGACCUCCUCACCAAACACACACACACUUCGGCCGUGCAAACACACAAGCAUCAGUCUGUCUGUCACACAUUGCCCUCCCACCCGGUCACUCCUACCAGACACUCUGAGUCACGUGGCGUGAGCAGCGGACACACCUACCACACCCUUCCCCAUCCCUCCUCUUAUGGGACGGCACACAGCGGCAGCCCAAUGUGGGGGCCCCUGGAGCCACCGAGUACCCCCAAACCCUGGAGCCUGAGCUGCCUCCGCCCUGCGCCUCCACUUCGGCCCUCCGCUGCUCUCUGCUACAAGGAGGAUAUGAGUAAAAGUCCCAAGAACAUGAAGAAGCUGCUCCCUAAGAGGAAGCCCGAGAGGAAACCUUCAGAAGAAGACUUUACUGUCAGAAAGAGUACCGCAGCUCUAGAGGAGGACGCUCAGAUACUGAAAGUGAUUGAGGCCUACUGCACCAGCGCCAAGACACGACAGACUCUCAACUCCACUUGGCAAGGGACUGACCUCAUGCACAACCAUGUGCUCGCUGACACCAGCCUCACCGUUGCCAGUUUCCCCGGCAACCUGCCAUUUUCUGACCAAUCAGAGGACUCGGAUUAUGACAGUAUCUGGACAGCCCAGAGUUUUAGGACUGCCUCGUUUUCUCGUAAGACACAUCGGAAGGACGUUCACAUGUUGUUCCCAGAGGAGGAGAAGAUCAUCGUGGAGGAAACCAAGAGCAACGGACAAACUGUGGUGGAGGAGAGGAGUUUGGUGGACACUGUGUACAGCCUCAAGGAUGAAGUCCAGGAACUCAAACAGGACAACAAGAGAAUGAAGAGGACGCUGGAGGAGGAGCAGCGAGCGAGGAAAGAGCUGGAGAGGGUCAUCAGGAGGGUUCUAAAGAGCAUGGACGACCCAACCUGGGAUGAGACGAACCUCUGAGAUCAAUAUGGAUCCAAACAUCAUGAACAACAUCUAGACCUUAAAAAAAAAAUGUUGUUGGACCUGUGCGGACCGAAUCUGCCAACACGUCUUCAUCACUUACUUAAACCUUCACAUUUACCUGCGUACCGAACUCUGGACCAGGAGAAACUGCCUGCCAGCCAUCAGCAAAGCCGUCCCGUCUGACUGUCAAGCUGUGAAGCCAAAUUGGCUGGUAGGCAUGAUGACAUCACUUCCCGUUGAGCUCCGUCUCUCUUUCCGUCAGCCUUUUGGAGCACCGACAAAAAGAACCCAAUUGUCUCAUUUGCUUUGUAUUUAUUUCACUCCUCCUUGUGUGAAUCUGCAUUAUAUAUAUAAUUUCGCCGUUGCCAGGACAGUGUUUCGAUGGAUUAUCCUGGUGCAAAAUAAGGAUACUUGGGUCUGUAUAUUUCAAGAAGAUAUCAGAGGAGUACGUGAAUAAAAUUCCCCCAUCGAAACUUAAAACAGACAUUUUUUGAUAAGCAGCAAUUUUGUCUCCAUUUCAAAUGUUAAACAAUCAGUUACAAAUAUGCUUUUUAAAGUUAUAAGUUUUGACGUUAUUAACAAACUAUAAAGCUGUCUUUUUUGUUUUAUAAAACACAUUUUAAACUUAAUCUGAAAUUACCAGCACUUAUAAGUCGCCUCAUGUUUUACAGGAUGAGAUGAAAAUUCUCCUUGUGAUUUGAAUUCAUGUAAUUAAUUGAAUAGAAGAUGAACUUGUGUGAGCUUUUUAAAUCAAAAACAACAUGUCUUCAUUGUCAAAGGGAAGCUGGAGGGAGGUUUGCUCAGGAAUGAACCGUCAGGGAGUUUCAGCUUUCAGCUCCCUCUCACGCUCCAUUUCAGUAAGUGAAAAACUUGUUUGAGCCAAAUUAACUACGAGCCGAGUUCACCACGACAAGAAACCAAAUGAAAAGUUGACCAGUGCUGAGCUUGUAACCAAAAACAUCAGAAAUUUGAGGCAGAGAGAGAAAAAGGGACUGGAUCACUUUAAUGCAUCUGCCCAAAGCUGCGGUAAAAUACAUGUGAGUGACAAAUGCAUCAGUGUUGCCUGUUUUCCGUUAAUGUAGAAAAACGAGGCAGGACCUUCUUUUUUUUUUUUACCAGCAGUAUGUUUUAUAUUCCUGCCAAAUAUCACUUUGAAUAUGUUUUUUGAAGCUUUUAUGAUGAAAAAGUAAAAGUAUUCAGACCUUAAACCCCUUUGUUGGAACACUGGCAAACUGUAGAUCACGAAACUUAAGUGACUAAAGUUUAAGAGAGUCGGCUCGUUGCGUUUUCUGUUUCAAGACCAAAGUCCAAGCAAUACAACUCUGGAGAUGUAACGUUUUGUUUUUUUAAAUGAUUUUUACAAUGUUGACAAGAAACUUACCGUAGAAUGACUUCUUAUUUUUAUAUAUGUGAUUGUGUUUUUACUCUUAACUGCUGGUUUUGAUUUGUAAGACUUUUUUUUCUACCUGACCUUGAUGGAGGAUCACACUGAAGGUGAUUCGUUCACAAAAUUUUCAGCAGCUGAAAGACCUGCUAAAUUAAUUUUACUGAUAAUGAAACUACAGCAAUGUAAGCUGUGUAAUACAAUAUGCCAAUCAUUGACUUUAAAUUAUGUAUUUAACUGCUGUAAAGGUUUUGCGUGUUCAAAUGAUUACAUUUGAUACUGUGACCAAAAUCAUAACCCCCUCUAUUUAUUUCACCCAUUUGUCUGUCUGAAUAAAAUGUUGAAUCAAA